CAUUCAGUGGCGCAGAGAUUUCUUGGUCUACCGACUGACAAAGACCUGCCGUCUGCCACUACCAAACAUGUCCUGGAUCUCACGUCUGCUGCUUCUGCUCUCGUCUGCUACAGUUUGUUUGGCCGCAAGUUCUCCAGACUCUCUGUACCUAAGCGACUACUGUGGUAAGAGCCUGACUGUCAAACGUUCGGUCAUCCUGAAGUCCACAAUAUUCCAGGACAACAACUGCAGGGUGACGCUUGAACCCUCCACUGGUAACAACCUGGUGGCACACUUCAACACCUACAGGCAGACGUCCGGGGUUGCAGCUUUAGCCAACAUCUUCAGCGGGGAGUGCUCGUCUGAGUACAUUCAGUUGUACAAUAGUUUUGGUGAGAAACUAAUGGGAAUACACGGCUACUGCAAGUCUGAGAGACCAACUGAACACUACGAACUGGGCCAGUCUGGGAGAUUCGAGUACCACAGUGCUUCCCUGACGUACCUCAGCUUUGAACUGUUGGUCACCGAGACGUACAAAAAAUCCACGUCAGACGAAGAAUGUCCAGCUGGUCAGUUUGACUGUGAGUGGCUCAGGAACUGUGUGGACGAUGCCCUCAAGUGUAACGGCUACAACAACUGCGGCUCUAAUGAUGACGAGACCGUUGGGUGUGGACCACCCUCGUCGUUAUUGCUCUCAACACUGCUGCCCUUGAUUCCAUAGGUGUUGUGUUUGUUGAGGUCAAUGUCUUGAGUCAGUGAUGAGUUUAGAGUACUCACCAUUAAACUUAAUAACCUCC